UCUCGAGGCAUUUAACAUCACAAAGUUUCGCUGACUAGUGAAACUUUAUUUGGUGGCUACCCCACAGUUAGAUCUGACAAACUAAAGUUCUCGCGGUUUUUACUGAAAGAAACUGAAAUAAGGAAGUGCAGCAGCCCGACAGACCCUGAGUAAGUCACCAUGGUUCAGGCUAAGUCAUGGACUCUGGUCAAGCAUUUCGAUGGCUUCCCAAAGGACGGCGACUUCCAGCUCAAGGUGGAGGAGCUACCUGAGCCCAACGAUGGAGAGGUGCUUUUGGAAGCGGUUUUUCUCAGUGUGGAUCCAUACAUGAGGCCGUUCAGCAGGUUCCACAUGAAGGAAGGGGACGUGAUGAUCGGAACGCAAGUGGCGAAGGUGGUUCAGAGUAAAAACCCAGAAUUUCCUGUGGGGAGCCACGUUGUGAGCAACAGUGGUUGGAGGAGCCACUCAGUCAGCGACGGGACAGACCUCACUCCCAUCAUGGCCGACUGGCCUUCAGACGUUUCGCUGUCUCUGGCUCUGGGUUCCAUCGGCAUGCCAGGGCUGACGGCCCUGUAUGGGAUAGAGGAGGUUCUCGGACUGCAGCAGAACGAGACUCUGCUGGUGAACGCCGCAGCCGGAGCUGUGGGAAACGUGGUGGGACAGAUCGCCAAGAUCAAGGGCUGCAAGGUGGUGGGUUCGGCCGGGUCAGACGCCAAAGUGGCUUACCUGAAAGAGCUGGGCUUUGACGAGGCUUUCAACUACAAAACUGUCCCUUCCCUGGAGGAGGCGCUGAAGAAUGCUGCUCCUGAAGGAUAUGACUGCUUCUUUGAAAAUGUCGGAGGUUAUUUUUCAACUGUCGCCCUUCCACAAAUGAAGACCUUUGGAAGAAUAGCCGUGUGUGGGAGCAUCUCCACUUACAACGACGGCACACCUCAGACAGGGCCUUACCCGCACAUGACGAUGAUCGUGAAGCAGCUCAAGAUGGAGGGUUUCACGCAAAACCGGUGGCAACACAAAAACCCCGAAAGCCUCAAGAGAAUGAUAGGCUGGCUACAAGAGGGGAAGCUGAAGUGCAGGGAGCACAUCACAGAAGGAUUUGAAAACAUGCCAGCUGCUUUUAUGGGGCUGCUGCGCGGAGACAACAUCGGCAAGGCUGUUGUUGCAGUGUGACCCCUUGCCAAUGGGAGGCGCUGACGAGUUUACGCAUAAAGAAGGCAGCGUCGAUGAAGGGGGUUCGUAGUAAAUAGUUAGUAUAGGUUUCUUAGAUAUUUCUGUUAAUGGGGUUAUAAAUGAGCUAGGGACUUUUCGUUUAGUCAAACAUUCUUUGAGGAAUCAUUAAAGCAUUAAAUGUGAAACAGUGCACCAACCUCAACACUUGACAACGUGACCUUUGGGGGCUGCUAAUAAGGGUGCAGCCCAGAAAGGUCCCACCCAUUCUUGGGGUUAUGUAACUUCUGCCAAGCCUCACUUCCCUAAUCGUUCUGUACUUUGCCUCACUUGCAGAUAGCUGAGGUUUUCUAUUGAGGGGUGAGCUAGCUGACUGUCCAGUCUGUGGCUUUGGUUUUCUCCUGCUUCCUUCCUGUUUCUUGGUAUACAUGCAUUUUCUAUCUAACAUAGCUAAAGUUGCAUGAAAAGUAUUCAGGAGACCUGAAAAAUUAGUGGUUCUGGAGAAAAGAAGGAGGAAGUUAAUUCAGUCCUAUGCUAGACCAACAUGAAGUAGUGCUUAUAAUACAAAUCUGAAAUGUAGGGGAUGCAUUUGUAUUGUUUUUUUCUCAGGCCAUGUCUUACUAGAAACUAAACCUCCAUCCUACUUUGAAGUCUUUAUGACCUCUAACCGGUAUCCCAGGCAACGCUAACAUCACUACUUCAUCCUGGUCUAUCACAAAAACUCCAUUGAAAAUAAAUGUAGGUUUGUGGUGACUAAAUGUUAGUCAGACUUCAAGAGGCAUGAAUACUUUUUGGAAGCUUUAGUAUCUUCACACCCUGACUUUACUAUAAAAGUUUACUUUUCUACUUGUAAUAUGUUUCUAAUAGUGGUUAUAUAGACUACAAGCCUAGUCGUUUGUUGUAAUGAAACACAAGAGGCACCAGAAAGUAAAGAUUACUAGGAUGUUAUACAUACUCACAACUUUGCAAAUACUGUUGUUGAUUUAACGUACACGGUGUAUUGUACUUGUCUUUAGUAUUUACUGCAAGCUUUUGUAUGAAAAAAAUAAAUGAUUGUUUCUCUGAAAUCUUUUAGGGGGAAAAUGAAUAAAACAUGUUGUAUUGUU